ACGAGCGCGCCCAACAUGCACGAGCACGCCCAACACGCACGAGCGUGCCCAGGCCAGCGCUGGCGUGCACGAGCGAGCACGCACAAGCACCGCGAGCGUGCACGAGCACGCCCACCGUGCACGAGCGCGCCGGGGCGUGCCGGGGCGCUCAGCAUGGUGCGCACGCGUGCCGCCCGCGCCCUGCCCUGCGGUUUCGAGGCGCCGAGCAGCAGGAAGCGCCUCGAGCGCGGCCGCCGCCUUCCUGCGCCGCUGCGGCACCCGGGGCCGCCGCGCUUCCUCUCUCGGGGGGCCCCGGCCACCGCGGCGGUGCCACCGGGGCCAUGGGCCGCGUGUGACGCCCCGGACGGGACGGGGGGUCCGGCCGCCCCCAUGUCGCUGGCGCUGAAGGCGCGGCAGCGGGCGAGGCGCAAGGGCGGCUCCCGCGAGCGGGUGUUCGGCUGCGACCUCCGCGAGCACCUGCAGCAGGCGGGGACAGACGUGCCCCAGGUGCUGAGGAGCUGCACCGAGUUCGUGGAGCAGCACGGGGUGGUCGAUGGCAUCUACCGGCUCUCGGGCGUCUCCUCCAACAUCCAGCGGCUGCGGCAGGAGUUCGAGGGGACGGGCUGUCCCGACCUGCGCAGGGACAUUUACCUGCAGGACAUCCACUGCGUCAGCUCCCUGCUCAAGUCCUAUUUCCGUGAGCUGCCCAAUCCCCUCCUCACCUACCAGCUCUACGACAAGUUCGCCGAUGCAGUGGCCACGCAGCUGGAGGAGGCUCGGCUGGUGAAGAUCAAGGAGGUGCUGAAGGAGCUGCCGCCGCCACACUAUAGGACCCUGGAGUUCCUGAUGCGGCACCUGCUGCUCAUGGCGUCGCACAGCGGCCGCACCAACAUGCACGCGCGGAACCUGGCGAUCGUCUGGGCACCCAACCUGCUGCGGUCACGGGACAUCGAGGUGACGGGGCUGAACGGCACGGCCGCGUUCCUGGAGGUGCGGGUCCAGGCCAUCGUGGUGGAGUUUGUCCUCACACACGUCCCCCAGCUCUUCGGGGACGCGCCCCUGCACGGCACCGAGUGUCCCCGUCGGUCGCUGCUGCUGCCGGGGGGGGGACAAGGGGACGCUCAGCCCCCCCCGUACCACGUCCCGGCCACGCUCAGCCAGGGGGACGGGCCCCCCCCAAUCCGGCCCUACCACACCAUCAUCGAGCUGGGUGACCACAGGCGCAAGGGCUCCCUCAAGGCCCGCAACUGGAGAUCCAUCUUCCACCUCGGCCGCUCCGGCCACGAGCCCAAGCGCAAGCCGGGGAAGGACAAAGGUGACAAGUGCGGUGGCACCAGCCUGCGCCCAGCCAAGAGCAUGGACUCGCUCAGUGCUGUCCCCUGCGCCGGUGACAGUGACCCUGGGCUGAGUGUGACGCGGCCAGCGACGCCGCCACCGCGCCGGGAAAGCUUCGACGCCUGCGCCGCGCCGGGGGGGACAGUGGAGGUGACAGCGGCGGGGACGGCGGAGGUGACACCAGCAGGGCCCGAUCCAGGGGGCGAGAGCAGCCCCCCUUGGGGCACCCCCCGUGCCGGCCGGGCCCGCGGCCGCGCUGAGCACCGCGGGGGGGUCCACAUCUCGGGUCCCUUCGCUGUCACCGUCCCCUUCCACAUCAGCGCCAGCCUGUCCCGCCUGACGCGGGGGCUGCCCUGCCCGGCGCUGGCACCCCCGGCUGGGGACGGUCCCCAGGGAGGGGACAGUGCCCCCGGCAGGGACACCCCCCCGGGCACGGACACCUCCCCAGGAGGGGACAGUCCCCCAGGAGGGGACAUCACCGCCAGCCCCCCAGCGCCCACCCGCCGUGACAUAGAGCGUCACGCUGGUGACACUGAGCACAGCACUGGUGACAUUGGGCACAGCACCGGUGACACUGGGCACAGCACUGGUGACACUGAGAGCAGCACUGGUGACACUGAGCACAGCACUGGUGACACCCAGCCCUGCACCGGGGAGGGGACAGUGGCCACAGGGACCCUCAGGGUGACACAGGGGCUCCAUGUCCCCAUGUCACCCUCAGGGGAGGGGACAGUGGCGGCAGCACAGACACGACUGUCCCUGGAGCUGCGCGACUCCUUCGCCUUCCUGGACUGCCAGGAGCCCUGGCUGGAUGGGGACACCGAGCCGGUGACACCGGCCCUGCCGCCGGCCGCCGGGGACACCAGGGACGAGGAGCUGUUGACGUGGUCCCUGCUGGACGCUGGGGACAUUGGGGACACCGAGGACAGCAGGGAUGCGUUCCUGGCCACGGAGGAGGGGAUGGAGAGGGGGUUCAUGAACGCCGGGGAGCCCCCCAGCUACCUGUCCAUCGAGGAGUGCAUGGACGAGGAGAUGUUCUUCAUGGCGCCCAGCGGCUGGGACACCGAGGACAGCGCUGGGGACACCAAGGAUGGCACCGAGGACAGCGCUGGGGACACGGAAGAUGUUGCCAGGGACACCGACUCGGACGACAUGUUCCUCAGCGCCCACGACGAGCUCAGCCCGCUGGUGCCACCGGAGCAGCCCCUGGGUUUGGGGACAAUCCCAGAGCCCCUGUCCCAACCUGGUGCUGCUGUCCCCCAGGAUGUGUCUCCAGAGCCCCGGGAUGUGUCCCCAGCACCCCAGGACGUGUCCCCAGAGCCCCAGGACAUGUCCCCAGAGCCCCAGGAUGUGUCCCCAGAGCCCCAGGACAUGUCCCCAGAGCCCCAGGACAUGUCCCCAGUGCCACAAGAGGAGGAUAGUGACAGGGUGCCAGCAGAGGGGGGGACACCAGGCACCGGGCAGGGGGGUGGCGGGGAGGGGACCACGGGUGGUGGCCCUGGGAGAACAGACGUUGAAGAGCAUGGGGACACUGAAGAGGCUGGGGACAUGGAGGAGGAAUGGGACACUGAAGAGGAUGGAGGUGGCUCCGGUCACCCCCCCAUGGGGUCCCCUCCAGCCCCCGCGCCCCCCCAGGAGCCAGUGGAGCCCCCAGAGCACGGGUCUGGCUCCAGAGUUGUCCCCAAGUCUGUCCCUGGGUCUGUCCAUGAGGUUGUUGAUGGGUCUGUCCCUGGGUCUGUCCCCAGGUCCGUCCCUGGGUCUGUCUCCAGGUCUGUCCAUGAGGUUGUUGAUGGGUCUGUCCCUGGGUCUGUCCCCAAGGUUGUCCCCAAGUCUGUCCCUGGAUUUGGCCCCGCAUCUGUCCCCAGUUCUGUCCCCGGCUCUGUCCCCGAGCUUGUCCCCAGUUCCGUCCCUGGGUCUGUCCAUAAGGUUGUCACUGGGUCUGUCCCCAGGGUUGUCCCCGAGUCUGUCCCUGGAUUUGUCCCCACAUCUGUCCCCAGCUCUAUCCCUAGCUCUGUCCCAGCAUCUGUCCCCAGUUCUGUCCCCAGCUCUGUCCCCGAGCUUGUCCCCAGUUCCGUCCCUGGGUCUGUCCAUGAGGUUGUUGAUGGGUCUGUCCCUGGGUCUGUCCCCAGGGUUGUCCCUGAGUCUGUCCCUGGAUUUAUCCCCGCAUCUGUCCCCAGCUCUGUCCCCGAGCUUGUCCCCAGUUCCAUCCCUGGGUCUGUCCCCGGGUCUGUCCAUGAGGUUGUCGCUGGGUCCGUCCCCAAGGUUGUCCCCAAGUCUGUCCCUGCAUCUGUCCCGGGGUCUGUCCCCGAGCUUGUCCCCAGCUCUGUCCCGAGGUCUGUCCCCGGAUCUGUCCCAGAGCUCGUCCCCAUGUCCGUCCCCCACCCAGAUCACGCCGCCGCCCCCCCGGGCAGUCCGUGUCCCCCCGUCCCGGCGCUGCGUGGCGAUGGCAGCGCCCCGGCCCGCCUGGCCGCGCGCAGGGUGCGGGUGCAGCACGUCCGCUCCGUGCCCGUCGUGCCCCCCAAGCCCCAGUUCGCCAGGACCCCCUGCGCCCCCCCCGCCGUGGACGCUGCCCCCGGGGCCGGGGCGCGACGGGCGGGUUGGCGGGAGAGCGGCGGCGGCUCCUUGGACGCGGCGUUGGCCGCCGAGCAGCCGGUGCCGGUGCCCGUGAGGAGGAUCCAGACGUACGGGGGGGAGGAACCGGCGGCCGCCAUGCCCCGGGUCCGGCCCUUCCACAGGGGCCCCCGGAGGCCGCGGCUGCUCAGCUGCGCUCAGCUGGGCACUGAGGGGACGACGGGCGAGCGCUGAGCCCUGGGGACGAGGGGUUGGUGACAUUUGUGAGAGAACGGGGACAAUAAAGGCAGUGGGCUUUGUCA